UUCUCUCUCAUUUAGUAGUUACUAGUAUAAACAAAUCACUAUAGAUACGCAUCAAUUCAGACAAGUUAUAAUAAGUACUCAAAGUAAACUCCAGAUCUGAAAACAAAAAUGGAAGAAAUCGGAAUAGUUAUUGUCGGCGGCGGAAUCGCUGGUCUCGCCACUUCGCUUGCUCUUCAUAGGAAAGGAAUAAAGAGUGUUGUGUUGGAGAGAGCCGAGAAAGUGAGGUCGGAAGGAGCUGGAAUUGGAACUCUUACUAAUGGUUGGAGAGCUCUUGAUCAGCUUGGCGUCUCUGAUCGUCUUCGUCUCACGUCUAAUCUUAUUCACAAAGCACGGACCAUGUUGAUUGAGGAUGGGAAGAAAAAACGAGAAUUCGUUUUAAACAUCAAAGACGAAGCUCGUUGUAUUAGAAGGAACGAUCUGGUUGAUGCCUUAGCCGAUGCUCUCCCUGAUGGAACCAUCCGGUUGAAUUCCCAAAUUGUUUCGAUCCAAGAGGACGAAAUUACGUCGUUUCCAAUCGUUCACUUGUCCAAUGGCAAUACGAUCAAAGCCAAGGUCUUGAUUGGAUGUGAUGGUGCAAAUUCCAUCGUCAGUGACUAUCUCCGGUUAGGCCCUAUAAAGGCAUUUGCUUGUCGUGCGGUGAGAGGGUUCACUAAUUACCCAAACGGCCAUGGAUUUCCACAUGAGCUUUUAAGGAUGAAAACAGGAAACGUUUUAGUGGGAAGACUCCCUUUGAACGAUAACCAAGUCUUUUGGUUUGUAGUGCAUAUGCAAGACAGUCAACACAACGGUAAGGAUCAAAAAUCGAUCGCAAAUGUGACUCUAAAAUGGGUCGAUAAGUUAUCCGAAGACUGGAAAGAAAUGGUGAAAAGAUGCGAUGUGGAGUCAUUAACGUUGACACACUUAAGGUACCGUUCCCCGUGGGAAAUCAUGUUCGGGAAAUUUCGACGUGGGACCGUGACUGUAGCUGGCGAUGCAAUGCACGUUAUGGGUCCAUUCCUCGGACAAGGAGGCUCGGCUGCGCUAGAGGAUGCGGUUGUUCUGGCUAGAUGUCUAGCUAGGAAAUUGGGUCCGGACCAUGGAGACUUGUUAAAGGAUUGUUCGGUGAAAAGCAUUGGAGAAGCUAUUGAUGAAUAUGUGAGUGAACGUAGGAUGAGACUAGUCGGGCUUUCGACGCAGACGUAUUUGACGGGACGGUCACUACAAACGCAGUCAAUGGUCGUCAGGAUCAUGUUUAUUGUGCUGUUGGUGCUGUUGUUUGGGCGUGAUCAGAUUCAUCAUACUAAAUACGAUUGCGGCCGACUCUAAAAACUUGAUGGACACUUUAUGACUAGUUUUAUAGUGUGAGGUUUUGUGCUUUAAUUAUCGUUUUAAGUCUGUACUGAAUACGACUGCGGCCGACUCUAGAAACUUUGUCAUCUAACUCGUUGGAUUUCUCUUCUUUUUAAAAACCUAUAAUUUCAAAUUUUA